GCGCGCGCGGGGCCCUCUGGGAAACGGGAUGCGUGCGCAUCCUCCCGGCAGUGGCGGCCGAGAUGGAGGAAGGAGGUCGCGACAAGGCGCCCGUGCAGCCCCAGCAACCCCCAGCGACGGCCCCUGGCGGCGCGGACGACAAGCCGAGCGGCAAGGAGCGACGCGAUGCUGGCGACAAGGAUAAAGAGCAAGAGCUGUCUGAGGAGGACAAACAACUGCAGGAUGAACUGGAGAUGCUCGUGGAACGCCUGGGGGAGAAGGACACAUCCCUGUACAGACCAGCACUGGAGGAACUGCGAAGACAGAUUCGAUCUUCUACAACGUCCAUGACCUCAGUCCCCAAGCCGCUUAAGUUUCUGCGUCCACACUAUGGCAAACUCAAGGAAAUCUAUGACAACAUGGCUCCGGGGGAGAAUAAGCGUUUCGCAGCUGACAUCAUUUCCGUUCUGGCCAUGACCAUGAGUGGGGAGCGUGAGUGUCUCAAGUAUCGGCUCUUGGGCUCCCAGGAGGAAUUGGCGUCAUGGGGUCAUGAGUAUGUCAGGCAUUUGGCAGGUGAAGUGGCUAAGGAAUGGCAAGAGCUGGAUGAUGCAGAGAAGACGCAGCGGGAGCCAUUGCUGACCCUCGUGAAGGAAAUUGUUCCCUAUAACAUGGCCCACAAUGCAGAGCAUGAGGCCUGUGACUUGCUUAUGGAAAUUGAGCAAGUGGACAUGCUGGAGAAGGACAUCGAUGAGAACGCAUAUGCGAAGGUCUGCCUCUAUCUCACCAGUUGUGUCAAUUACGUGCCAGAGCCAGAGAACUCUGCCUUACUUCGAUGUGCCCUGGGUGUGUUCCGAAAGUUCAGUCGCUUCCCUGAGGCUCUGAGGUUGGCUCUGAUGCUCAACGACAUGGAGCUGGUUGAAGACAUCUUCACCUCCUGCAAGGAUGUGGUAGUACAGAAGCAGAUGGCGUUCAUGCUUGGCCGCCAUGGCGUGUUUCUUGAGCUGAGUGAAGAUGUGGAAGAGUAUGAGGAUUUGACAGAGAUCAUGUCCAAUGUGCAGCUCAACAGUAAUUUCUUGGCCUUAGCUCGGGAGCUGGACAUCAUGGAGCCUAAGGUGCCCGAUGACAUCUACAAAACCCACCUAGAGAACAACAGGUUUGGGGGCAGUGGCUCACAGGUGGAUUCUGCCCGCAUGAACCUGGCCUCUUCCUUCGUGAAUGGCUUUGUGAAUGCAGCCUUUGGCCAGGACAAGCUACUGACAGAUGACGGCAACAAGUGGCUGUACAAGAACAAGGACCAUGGAAUGUUGAGUGCAGCUGCAUCCCUUGGCAUGAUUCUUCUAUGGGAUGUGGAUGGGGGCCUCACCCAGAUUGACAAGUACCUCUAUUCCUCCGAGGACUACAUCAAGUCAGGAGCCCUGUUGGCCUGUGGCAUCGUGAACUCUGGGGUGCGGAAUGAGUGUGACCCUGCCUUGGCGCUCCUCUCAGACUAUGUUCUCCACAACAGCAACACCAUGAGACUUGGCUCCAUCUUUGGGCUCGGCUUGGCAUAUGCUGGCUCCAAUCGUGAUGAUGUUCUGACAUUGCUGUUGCCUGUGAUGGGUGAUUCCAAGUCCAGUAUGGAGGUGGCAGGAGUGACAGCCCUUGCCUGCGGAAUGAUAGCAGUGGGGUCUUGCAAUGGAGACGUCACUUCCACCAUCCUUCAGACCAUAAUGGAGAAGUCAGAGUCUGAGCUCAAGGACACGUAUGCCCGAUGGCUUCCUCUGGGACUGGGCCUCAACCACUUAGGCAAGGGUGAGGCCAUCGAGGCAAUCCUGGCUGCCUUGGAAGUUGUGUCAGAGCCAUUUCGCAGUUUCGCCAACACACUGGUGGAUGUGUGUGCCUAUGCAGGCUCUGGGAAUGUCCUGAAAGUGCAGCAGCUGCUUCACAUCUGCAGUGAACACUUUGAUUCCAAGGAGAAGGAGGAAGACAAGGACAAGAAGGAAAAGAAGGAUAAGGACAAGAAGGAAGCACCUGCCGACAUGGGGGCGCAUCAGGGGGUAGCUGUGCUGGGCAUCGCUUUAAUUGCCAUGGGGGAAGAAAUUGGUGCAGAGAUGGCACUGCGGACCUUUGGCCACCUACUCAGGUACGGGGAGCCUACACUCCGGCGAGCUGUGCCUUUAGCAUUGGCCCUGAUCUCGGUUUCAAAUCCUCGACUCAACAUCCUGGAUACCCUAAGCAAAUUCUCCCAUGAUGCUGACCCAGAAGUUUCCUAUAACUCCAUCUUUGCUAUGGGCAUGGUGGGCAGUGGUACCAACAAUGCUCGUCUUGCUGCGAUGCUGCGCCAAUUGGCUCAGUAUCAUGCCAAGGACCCCAACAACCUUUUCAUGGUGCGCUUGGCACAGGGCCUGACACAUUUGGGGAAGGGCACCCUCACCCUCUGCCCCUACCACAGUGACCGGCAGCUCAUGAGUCAGGUAGCUGUGGCCGGGCUGCUCACUGUGCUUGUCUCUUUCCUGGAUGUCCGCAACAUCAUCCUGGGCAAAUCACACUAUGUCUUGUAUGGGCUGGUGGCUGCCAUGCAGCCCCGCAUGCUGGUGACCUUCGAUGAGGAGCUGCGGCCAUUACCAGUGUCUGUCCGUGUGGGCCAGGCGGUGGACGUGGUGGGCCAGGCAGGCAAACCCAAGACCAUCACAGGGUUCCAGACACACACGACCCCAGUACUGUUAGCUCAUGGGGAACGGGCAGAAUUGGCUACUGAGGAGUUUCUUCCUGUCACCCCCAUUCUGGAGGGCUUUGUUAUCCUUCGGAAGAACCCCAACUAUGACCUCUAAGUGGCCACCAGGGCUCUAAGCUGCCGCUGCUGUGUCAAGGGCCGUGCACUGAGCUGACGGUGUGACACGGCUCCAGACCUUUGGGGGAAAUGGUGAUCUCUAAUUCUUUUGUUACUGAGUGAGUAAGACUGUUGAAUAAAAACCUUUAUCCCUGA